GGAAGCGUGGCGGCCCCGCCCCGUCUCCUGGACCAGCCGCGGCCGCCAGCGCCGCCGCAGCCGCAGGGACCGGCGGACGCAGCAAAGGCGUGCGGUGCGGGCCCGAAGUUCCCGCAGAAAAACCUCACAUCUCCCCAGCCCAUCAUGGCAGACGAAAUUGAUUUCACUACUGGAGAUGCAGGGGCUUCCAGCACUUACCCUAUGCAGUGCUCAGCCCUGCGCAAAAACGGCUUCGUGGUGCUCAAAGGACGACCGUGCAAAAUCGUGGAGAUGUCAACUUCCAAGACUGGGAAGCAUGGUCAUGCUAAGGUACACCUUGUUGGAAUUGAUAUUUUCACUGGCAAAAAAUAUGAAGAUAUUUGUCCUUCUACUCACAACAUGGAUGUUCCAAAUAUUAAGAGAAACGAUUAUCAACUCAUAUGCAUUCAGGAUGGUUACCUUUCCCUGCUAACAGAAACUGGUGAAGUCCGAGAGGAUCUUAAGCUACCAGAAGGUGAACUGGGCAAAGAAAUAGAAGGAAAAUACAAUGCAGGUGAAGAUGUGCAGGUGUCUGUCAUGUGUGCCAUGAGUGAAGAAUAUGCUGUAGCCAUAAAGCCCUGCAAAUAGACAGGACCAUCUGCACGAGCAGGUCCAUUAGGUCUGGAUCUAGUUGUCCCAAAGCUAUGGCCUUCAUAAGCAACCUCACGUUUUAUUUUUGUUAUGUGUCUAUUGUUUUGAAAUUGUGCUGGCUUAGUUUUGCAAGCAGUUAGCAACUUUAAAAGAAUAUAUCAAGAUAUAUAAUUUUAUAAGUAUCUUUCCUAUAACAUUCCUGCUGUCUUCAGUAUGUGACCGUAAGAAACAGGUAAAAUAGCUUCAGUAGAUGUCACUUGUCUGAGCAAAUCACUCCUGAACUUAAGUGGUUAACAAACCAGGGUUUUAAUUCAACAAUGUAGCAUCUAGUGCAAUAGAAGUUUCAUGCAUUUAAGUUGAGUUGUUCUUUGCUGAUUCCAGACUUAAUAUCUAGAAUUCAUAGAUUAUAAGAUGGAAUUGUCAAAACUCCAGGCUCUGUGUGGCAAACACACUUCCUGAAACUAAACUCAUCAAAAAAUGUCGUUAUCUUGGUGGCCAAGUGUCCCAUGUAUCCCCCUCCAUUAUGGUUUUCUUUGUCAAAUUGGUGAUAGACCUCCAUAGGGUUCAGUACCUGUUGUGGUUGGCAGAGAAGAUAGAACUCUGGGGUAGAUCUGAGCAAGUGCUAAGGAAGACCCGGGACAGUGGCCAAGAGGGCAGUGGGCGUUGGGCUUUGUUUCAGACCUUCCAGUCAACACACAAAGUAGAGUGGGCUCUAGUUAUGGUUUUGCCUCUGGCUGUGUCCCCAGCCCCUGCCCCAGCACCAGAAGGACGGGCCUUACAGGGACUCUGCCCAACUUCCAACCAUUAUUUGUGGGUGUUCAUAAUGUUGGUGAUCCAGCCCUUCUCACAAUUUUUUAAGUAUAUUUGUUUUUGACGUUAGAUAUAAUUAGGAAUUCUUAAGUUGCUUUGGAAUUCUUGACUUGAUUUUUUUAAAUGUCUCUAUGCUUUUCUAAAGUGAAAUAGACAUAAACCAUGGAAGAAGUAUUACCUUAUUUGAAAAUCAACUUAUUUUAAGUGUGUGUGUGUAUAUAUAUAUAUAUAUUCUCUUGUGACUUCUGUUACUGAUGUAAAUCUAACCAGGAAAGGAUUCUGUGAACUGGAUUAUUUCAAUAUGUUGUGGGUGAUGCCCCUCCAUUUCUGUUUAGAUUUUUGGAUUGUAUGUAGAUUGUGUCCAGAAUCAUAGACAUAGUUCUGGGUUUGUGAAGAACUCUGACGAAAAUCACAAUCAUCGCAUUGGAGUGCGGCUUAGAACAAAAUCCUGUAGCCCUUGAUUCUCUGACCCUGGCUCUCGGGUCUCUUCCUUGUCUGCACCCGCAAAGUCCUGUGUUCCCAUCUAGACACACCUCUGUGACAGUGCAGCUGAUCUGAUCAGCAGUGGGGAAGAGCAGUAGAAAUGCCAAGAUUUUAGUUGCUUAAUUUGUAUGCAGUUUUAAAUUUUGUCUUAGCCUCCACAAACCAAUCCAGAGAAGAAGAAAGAUACUUUAAGAGAAGUUCCAGGAAGAGACUUCUAAAGCACAAGAAAAAAUUCAAGUCAUAGCCAGUUGACUUUAGUGUGACCUUUUAGCUUUUGCCCAUGCAAAGCACAAUUAGGAAUUGGGCUGAAAUCUUCUUAAAUAUGUUCUACAUACUGCUUCAGAUUUCCGGUGUUUUUGUGUGUACCUUAGUUGUACUGAUUGGUGUGUUACCCACAGGAAUUCCAAAAAGUUAUUUCUACUGUUUCCUGGUCAUCUGGCCAAUUAAUAACCACGCCAGUGUUUUGAUUUCAUAUUACUUCAGGACUAGCAUGCCCUUGUUCUUCCUAACUCGUCAAAUUUCACAUGAAUCUCUAUUUUCCUUUGCAGUGUAAGAGUGAAUAGCAAUGUAUCUCUAGCUCCAUACCUUGAAUGGCAAAAGUAUUUCAUGUUAAGUACUAUAUGAAGUAAGUGUACAUACUCCAAUAUGUAUAGAUCUUAAAGAUACAGGACUGUUUAUUUUCACAUAAAUGUUUCUCUUAGAGCAAAAUAUUUCAUUUAGUACAGGGAAGCAGGGAACAUAUAUAUUUUUAACAUAAACCAGGAAUGGCGUCUUUGGACAUGAGAGAAAUGCUAACAGUUGAUCCCUCGUGCUGGCAGUACUGUUGUAGCAGAUCUCCAGUUUCACAAGCACCGUGAAGAGAGUGAAGACUCAUUGGAUGUCACUGCAAAUUCAUGUCUGUACAUUUUUCUUUCUUUCUUUGCUGUUUAGACAGUAUGAACAGGUUGAAUGUUUCAUUCUAGAACAACAUACUGUAUUUCUACUGUGAAGAUUUUGUUACACUGGUACAGUCCUUUGCCCUCUGACCCUUGGGCCUUAACUUGGCCUUCUAAUCCUUGAUGCCCUGAGAGGGCUGCCAGUCACUUGGUUACCAACCAAGCUCUUGACUCUGUUCCCCCUCACAGUACAGAUUUUUGUGCCAGUGCUUUAUAUCAGUGACCAAAACUCUUGAGGCCAGGCGUGAUAUCUUUAGCAGAAGAUACUGCAAUAUGAUAUUUAGAAUAUUUGGGGACACAUGCUUUUCAUUACCACAUGGUGUGUGUGUGUGUGUGUGUGUGUGUGUGUGUGUGUGUGUGUGUGUGUGUGUAUAAACACACUUAGCUCUGUUCUUUUCUCAAAGUCCUUCCAACUAUUAAAGUACUGUAGUCUGUAGUGCCUCAAAUGUUGGGUUUUUUAAUAAGUUUUCCAGAAUUUGAUUUUAUACUUCUAAGGUUUCCCAAUUAGAUUGUUUCUAGUUGAGCUAGAAUUUGGAUGCAUUGUUCUCAGGGCUGUUUGUGCUAAGAGCUGCAGUGUUGUUAUUUUAAAGCUAGCUGUCUACAAACAGAUUGCAGGUUUUUCUCGUCAUAAUACUGUAAUACAUAUAAACAGAAAUUCUUGUAUAACAUAAUUAAGCUAUAUGGUAAGUACUUAAGAAAAAUGGGAGCAUUAGUAGCAGCUGUACUGGGAUCUCCCCAGUGGUCUUGCCUUGAAAUCUUGUUCUUGGUUAUGUAUCUGUUAGUAUCCUUUUGGCGUGGACCCCAAAGAGGGUUUUGGAGCCGGACAUUGAUGCAGUGGCUCUCAGACACAUUCAAAAACAGACAGGAAAUCCUAACUCUUUGGGUAUCUUAAAAUGUUUACUUAUUGAAUUCAUAUUUGCCAUGAGAAAAUGCAGAUCUCUAGUAUGAAAGCAAAACUAUCAAAGCAUAUUUCCAUAAACAGUCUAUUGUGGCGAUGAACCUUCAAAUCUUGUGAUGUUCAGGUAUGUUUCCUAGUUCUCAAGCCUUUGUUUCUCUUAGCAUUCUGAUGAGUAAUAGGCAACAAAGAUUUUUUUUUAAUCUAUGGUAGAAAAAUCUUAAAAUUGAAUCUAUUAACUUAAAUCUAUGAAAUGUGUUCUCUGAAUUGGACAAACAGCAUUAUUAUUUGAUUGUACAGGGAACAUUGGAAUUUAGCUAUGGAGUACAGAUGUUCUGUGGAAACACAGUUUGGAGUCACUGUGUAAUUUAAUUUGUCUAUUACCUAAACACUCAAAAACCAACAUAACUACCAGUGAGGCCAAGUGCCCGAAGAGAGCUGUAAACAUCUGGUAAUCUGUCUCCUUCAUGUGGAGGGUACGUCUUCGGGCUGUGCACACAAGGCCAUCACCUGCUGGAAACACUUAUUGCCAAGCUUUUCCAUCACUGCUGGUCACAUCGUUAAACAGAUCUGACCCUAUUAAGUAACAAGGGAGGUUCUGUAUUUAUAUGAAGUUCUUAGAAACCAUUUCUUGAUGUUGGUGGGACUUGGUUCAUCUUACUUUGAGACUGUACUCUUAGAAACACUGGAUACUAAACUAUUCCGCAGUGACUGAAGAGCCUAUUAAAGAGCACAGCUGCAUUCAUGAGCUGAUUCGUCAUCAUGGUUAAUCGACAAGUACGCACUCACUGUUAUUAUGAAGUAUAUAUACUUCAAA